CAUUAUCACGGUUUGUUCCGCAACCAUAUUAUCUAUAGCCGUGGUCUAUCUGAAAUCAUGAACCAAGUUAAUCGCCAAAACAUAGCCUGCUGGUAGCGAUUGUUUAUCACUAGAUCCUUUGUGUGUGAUAGUGUUUCUGGUCAUCUAAUUGAAUUUUCUUUAAUUAAAAUUUGUUGUUUUUGAUAUAAAUGUGUUUAUUCUAACAUUUAAAUUGGCCAUGACUGUACAAAUAUUUAAAUUUCAAUAGAAAUUCCAUAGUUUAUUACAGUUAAUAUUACCACAAAUACCUACCUAAUUAUUACAUUUUGAUUCCGUAAUGGCCAUAGGUUUGGAGAUAAUACUGAAAAGGUCCAAUAAAUUGUACCACGAAGGCGUAAGUAGUAUUAUAAUUUAUAAUCAUUCGUUCAAACAAAAUUCCUGGAUAGUAAAUUUAUAAUUAUUUUUGUGAGAAACAUUUUUAAGUUUUAUUUUGUUUCAUAGGACACAAUAUCGGGUAUUAUAUGUAUUGAAUCGCCGAUAGACGUCAAACACGAAGGUGUUUUCAUGACUAUAGAAGGAACAGUGGAUCUACAAAUCAGUACACAAAAUGUCGGAACAUUUGAAGCUUUUUACAAUUCUGUCAAGGUAUAUUUGUUUAUUCUAUUUAAUUCUAUUCAUAAGUUCUGGUUAAAUGUAAAAUAUGAGUUUUAAGACAUUGAAUCUGAAAUUGUUUGAAAAAUUGUCCCUCAAUACUAAAAAAAAACCAAUUGAAAAAGUAUAAAAAUUAUACUGUUUAUUUUAAUUUUAAAAUAUAUAGGUACUUCAAAAAAUCUUUUAAAAAUAUGACAAAUUAAGCCUAUUAAAUGACAUAAAAUAUUGGGUUCUACCGGGUAAGCUUAAAAUUAGUGAUUAUUGUAAGGUAAGUACAUAAAAUAGAUAUAUUCACUGUGGUCCUGAAGAAUGGGAAGCAAGGGUAUAAAUAACAAUAUGACUUAUUUACAAGCCAAUGACUUUUUACAAACAUAAUCAACUAACUGAAUAAGUAGCUUUUAAAACAGUUUAUAUCCUUAUAUGUAUCCAUCAACAAUCGCUAAUAAUUGUAGUGCUACCCAGUAAAAUCCAAUGUUUUAUGGCAGUUUAUAGACUUAUUAAGUCUCAUUUUUAACCAGUUUUUGUGGUGUAUCUUCUAAAAUAAAAAAAAAAACUGAUUUUAAUAAUUAUACAACUUUUUUUGAACACUUUAAGACUCGGUGUCUUGAAACAGUCAUUCUAAGAAAAUUUAAAAAUUGAACAUAGGUACUAAAUUGCAUUAAUGGCAUUGUACUUCAUGUGGAAUAUUAUAGUGUUUAUGUGCUUAUAAAUUAUCUGUAAUCAUUAUCAAAUUUCCAGCCAAUACAACUUAUGAUGUCUUCAUUGGAAAUAGCUAAGCCUGGUAGAUUUCCCAGUGGUGUUACUGAAAUACCUUUUGAAGCACCUGUCAAGCCACUUCUAAACAAAGUGUUGUAUGAAUCUUAUCAUGGUGUUUUUAUUAAUAUUUUAUAUCUUUUAAAGGCUGUGAUAAAAAGAAAUUUUUUGAACAAAGAUAUUCACAAAUCACUGGAAUUUGUCAUUGAAAAUAAAGUAAUUUUAAAGAAAACAUAGUAUACUGCCCUCAUAAGCAAAAUUGCUACAAAGUCCAAAAGAAUUAAAAAAUGAGUUACAAUACAUCAAACAAAUUUUAAAAUACACACUUUUUAGGUUAAUAUAUCUGAAAUAAAGUCCUACAAAGAACUAUUAGUAAUUUAUGUUUUUGACAGAUUGCUGUAAAUGCUCAGAAAAUGUAUUUUUACCAAGUAAAAAUUCUAUAUACUAACCAUGCUCAGUAAAAAUAUAUGAUAAUAAUACAGUACGCUCUUGCUAAGAGGUACCACUAAAUAAUUCAGUUGGAUGAUCUAGUAUUGAAAUGGAGUUUUGGAGGAAUGAUAGGGAGUACCGAAAUAUACAUUUUCAGAUAAAUUUCAAAUUUUUAACCCUUACAACUUUUUUUUUUUAAAUAGCAACACACAGAAUUUAUUUAUAUUCCAUUGCAUUUAUCUGGUAAAAUUGUAUAUGAAAAUCCAAAUCAUAUUUUAAAAAUUAAAAUAUAUUAGGUGUUAUGAAUUUUAGAAAAUAUAAAGUGUAAAAAUCAUUUUUUUCAAAAAUGUUCUCUAAUGACUUAUAGUAGUUUUGUUUAUAGGUACAGGGCACCUAGUCUAUAUCCAAAACAUAUUAUAAUUAUUUUAUUAUUUUAUAGCCUAAUCCAGAAGUAUCUAUUUCUAAAGUGGAUAAAUUUAUAAUAAAUCAAAAUACAUUGGCAAAUGUUAAUGAUAAUUCUAACAUUCCGAAAUUUCAUAUUAUUGGAACAGUGGACACUGUUAUCUGUUCUAUAACACAACCAUUUUUAGGAGAAGUGAGUAUAAAGUACUUAUCUAUCAUUAAAUGAGAUAACUGAUCGAUUUAAUUUUUUUACAUGAAUUAAACAGUAAGGGGAAUUUUUUAACUUGAUACUAUUUUCUACACAGUCCUGCACACCUAUUAUCUUAUUCUAAUUAUUGUAUUCUAAAAAAUAGUAUGUUUAUUUUUGUAAAAUGAUGACAUUAAAAUAUAUACAUAUUUUCUAUAUUGUAUUGUAAAAAAAAAAAAAAAAAAUGUGUAAAUUGUAUGUAUAAUUACUACCUUAUCUGUUACCUUAAAUCUAAGAAAUUUUUAUGACUUUGAAACUACCAAACAAUAUUAUAUAUAAUAUAAUAACUAAAUCCAUUUUCUUUGAUUGAGAUUGAUCACUAUAAUGUAUUUAUGCAUACAUAAUACAUUUUUAAAUCAAUGAUCAAAGCUGCCCCAAACUAUAUAAAAUGAGUGUGAUUUGAACAUUUAAAUCUAGUGAUUGUGAAUUUUAGUUUAUAAUUUGUAUAUUAAUUAUAAUUUAAAAAGUAAUAAGAAAAAAAACGAGCUGAAUAUGACCACUGGUCAUAGGUAGGUAGUGUGGAGAGUGAGAUACAUGAAGUUAUUUAGUUUAUAUCUGGAACCAACAAUAAAUCAUUGAUAAUGAAAAACAAUUCAAAGUGAAUUUCGAUUAUACAUAUUUACAAUUUUUGUCGAAAUUUGAUUUUAAAACUCUUAUAAAAAAAAAAUACUGCAUUAAACUAAAUUUCUUCUUUUGACCACUAAGUUCUACUUAUAAUGAACCUCCUAUACAAUUUUUAAUCAUUUCUGUUAAGUUUAACCUACUGAGCACUUUUCAAUUGAAUAUAUACAUAAAAUCCCUUGCAAAAUUAAAAUGUCCAUAAAUUGCUCAUAUGUUUUCGAAGCUUUAUCACAUCUAGAAAGAGCAUAUCUAAGUUUUUUGUCAAAAUUUUAAGUCUCUACAAAUAUUUUUAACUCACAUCCAUUAUUAAAACAAAAUUUAAAUAGUAAAAGAAUUAUUUUCAUAUAUUUUUCCGUUCUCUACAUUAUUUUUGAUUUUGCUUAAUUAUUAAAAAAAUUACACAGAAAAUGAGAAAACAAUUCUCUUGGUCAUCAACUAGAUUUAAAAAUACAUCAAAAAAGAUCUGUUGAAGCGAUAUUUACAGUAAAAAAAAUAAGCCAUACAAAUUUAAAAUAAUAAAAUCCUUGGGCUAUAAUUUGAAAAAAAUCUAAUAGUUUGUCAUUUUUGGUUUUUCCUAAUAAUUCUGAAAACUACUUUGGAUAUCGAAAACCGGCCCUCUCAUUCAGUAGUGAACAAAAUUUAUCUCUUGUAAUUUUUCAAUUGGAGUAAAAUUUCUGAUAGAAAACUUAAGUCUAACACAAUGAAAACAAUGAAAUAGGUAUUUGACCAUGUACCUAUAAUUUUAUUUCGGGUUUUCCCAAUUAUUUUGAAUACCCCCUUUAAAAAUCAAAAAAUGGCCUUCUCAAUGCACCAACUAUAGAAAAUUACCUUUUAGAAAAAAUGUUAUAGUUCAUAGACAAAAAAAAACACAUCAUAGUAAAACCAAUAGGUCCCUCACUAUGCUCUGAAUCUAUAAAUGAUCAAUGAGGCCCUACUAUACAGUAUUUAAUAUAUGUUUUGGAUUUUUAGUUGAAAAUUGAACACUGUGACAUCCCUAUUAAAUCUAUCGAUUUACAAUUGGUACGUGUGGAGACAUGUGGCUGUGUUGAAGGUUUUUCAAAAGAUGGUGAAUUUCCUAUUUGUUUCCAUGGAAAGAUAAAAAAAAAUUAUUAACAGUUAAUUUAAUAAUGCACACUUUAUUUUAGCUACUGAAAUUCAAAAUAUUCAAAUUGCUGAAGGAAAUGUAUCAACAGGAAUUUCAAUACCGAUCUACAUGGUAUUUCCAAGAUUAUUUUCUUGUUGCACUACGAAAACUGCAAAUUUCAAAAUUGGUAAAUCAAUGUAAUAUUUAGAAUUUUAAUACUAUUAGUUAAUCAUGGAACUGGUUUUUAAAUUUUAUUUAUACAAUAGUGUGAACCAUCAAUAAUUCACUUAUAAUAAAUUUGAUUUUGGUUUUAUUUUUCAAAUAUUUUAAAAACAUUUAUUGAUCUUAUAAAUUAAUAAUGUUAGCUAUCUUGGUGCAUAUUUUGACAGGCUCCUUAAUUUAGGACAUAGUAGUUUAAAACCAAUGAGUUCCUGUACUAGUAUAAUACUAUUUCCUUUAUAUUAUGAUUGGGGAUAUAACCUAAAAUUAUAUUUAAAUUAAUGAAAUAUGCAUUUAAAUUUUAACUUUCUAUAAAAUCAUGUUUAUAUUCAUUAAAAUUUGAAAUUUCACAUUUUAAGUAAUAGGAUUAUAAAUAUAUUUAUAUAUUAGGGUGGUCCUUAGUUACAGGUGAAGAAAAAAGAAAUAAAUUUUUUUUUCUCACUCCCUUCCCCCCCUUUUUUUUUUCAUUCCUAUAAAAAAUUAAUUUAAGUUAAAUUUACUCAUAAUCAGGGCUCAUGACUUAUAGCAUUUGCAUAUUUGUUUUGAAAAGUUCUAGUAACACCUAAGUAAGUUGCACAUUUGUUUCAGAUAACCAGGGGAAGUCAAAUAUUAAUUUUUUUGUUGUGUAUUUUGAUGUUUUGAUACUAUUUUGCAUUUAUUUCAAAGAACAAAAAUGAAAAUUUCCUACAAAGUCAAUAUUAUAUGUGCGUUUAUCAGUUUUAUUUUGUUAAUUGUCAUAAAAAAAGUGAGAUUGACAAAUUAUUUCAUUAUUAUUGUCAUUACUCAGUAAUUCCUUUGAUAAGAAGGUCUCUAUUAAUAGUAUAAUGAUUUUAUUGUUGAAUUGUAUUAUCAAAUUACUUUCAUUUUGCUUGAAACUUUUCCUUAUUUGUUUGCAUAUUUUGACAUUUUUAGUGCAUAUAUAAACACUUAUAUGAAUGUUUUUAAGAUAAUAUCAUUGAGCUUAGAACAACUUUUUUCUGAGCUAUAAGUCAAGAGCCCUGGUCAUAAUCAAUUUUUCCUUUUACAUGCCACAAGAGAGUUGAAAAUUGUUAAAUAUGGUAGUUUUAUAAUAUUUCAAAUUUAAUUCAAUAAAUUUAUCGGUUUGCAUAAAAUGUUCAGAAUCUUAAUUAUUGCUCAUACUAUUAUAUUAUUUAUAUAAAGUAUAUUCAAUACAUUUCCAUAAUUUCAUUAUUUCAUUAUUAAGAAAACAAAAACCAAAAUAUUAGUUUGUGAGCUUGUGUUUUAUUGGAGCAGUUUAUUGAGUGUGAUCUAUUCUAUUAUAAAAUAUAAUAUAAUAAUAUUAUUUAUGGAGACAUCUACCAUGUCAUCACAUUUUUGAGCUAAAAAUUGUAUUAGAUUUUAAAUUAAAAUUGACUACUAUAGAUAUACCUAUUUUUAAAUGAUUUCAACAACAAUGAACAACUUUAGGUACACAAACAUAUUAUAUUGGAAAUGUAGUAUUAUAUAUUUUUAUCUAUUUUAAAUAUUUACAUUAUAAAAUGACUGUAACAUAAAUUUUGAAUGAACCUGUGUGUAAACUGUACAUAUAUAUAUAUUAGGGUGUAUCGUUAUUAUAUUUUAUCAGAUAUUCUUCUCCUGAUUUUUGUUCUUUAGAGCUCAAUAAUGUUUCCCAAUUUUUUUUUUCAGAUUUUUUAAGAUCGCGAUCAUAAGGUUAUAAGAAAAAAAUUGAGUUUUUUUUAUGUGUGUAAAUAAUAAUACUUGAAGAAGAAAUCAAAAAUUAUCAGAAGAAAAAAAAACAAAUACAUGUACUAAUAUUUUUUCAAAUUAAAUAUUCUAAAUUUUACAUUUUGUUUAGGCUAAACCUUAAAUAAAUGUUUAGAUAAUUUCGAUAAAUCAGCCUUUUAACUACCCUUGAAUAUAUUUUUGAGGAUUUGAAAAUAUUUUUAAUUUAUUCUCCAUUUAGAGAAUGAUUAUACUUGUAUAGUGGAUUACACUUAAUAUGACAUUAAAUGAAAUUAUGUAUACAAUUAUUAUGGAAGAAUGUUGGAUAAAUAUAAAAGAAAAAAACAUUUUAUAUCAAUUUGAUAUCAUACAUUGCUUUAUGAUUCUUAUAUAAUUUUGAAUAAAUCAUUGGGAAAUUUUUUGAAAUCUACUUUGUUUUCCAUAUUGUGGUGUUAUCACUACGAGAAUGGAUAAUUGAUUGCAUUAUAUGACAUGUGUUAAUAUUAUGUGAAUAAUUGUGAUUUGAUUAUUUGAAAGUUUCAGUAUAAAUUUCAUUGCCAACAUCUAUUGUAUCUCAUGUUUGUGUUUAUAAAUUCAAUAAUUAAUAUUAAUGAUGAGUAAAACAGUAAAAUGAAAUUAACUUAUUGGCUAGUAAAAACUUGUAACAAAAGGUGGAUGAAAAUGCAGUUAGUUUAAAUUUAAUGUUAUUUUCUUUGCUAACAUGUGAUAGAAGAACAUUUUCUGUAUUAUACAAUAUAAUUUUUUUAAUCUACAUCAAAAAGAAAAAAAAUCUGAAUUUUUCAAUAUUGCACAUUUAUUUUUUAUUUAUAUUUAUUCCAUAAUAAUUUUUAGGUAAUUUUUUACAAUUAUUAUAGUUAUUAUUUUAUUUGUUAUUUAAUUUGUGUAAUUUAAUUAAUUAAACUUAGCUAUGUAACUAUAAUCUACUUAUAUUAUACUGUAAAAGGACUAGCCCUGUUGAACUAUAAAAUAAAUAAUUAUUGUAAAUAUAAUUCUAUUUGAAGUCAUAUUAAAUGUAACAUGUGUAAUCAUUAUCUUGGUAACUAAAUGGAGAACAAGUUAAACAUAUUUUUAACCCUUUAAAAAUAUAUUUAAAGUUGGUUAAAGGGUUAAUUUUCAAAAUUAUCCAAAAAUAUGUUUUUAAAGGUAUAAUUGAGAGGUAAAAUUUAGAUUAUUUAAUUUGAAAAAAAUACUAGUAUAUGUAUUUAUAUUUUUUUCUUCUGAUAAUUUUUAAUCUAAUGAUCUUGAACAUUAUUUUUUACAUACAUUGAAAAUAAUAAAAUAAUAACUCAAUUUUUUUCCUAAAAGUGAUGCUCAAACUUUAACAAAUCUGAAAAAAAUUUAGGAAAUUGAGAAAAUUAGGCAUUCUUACAUUUGAUAAAAAAAAAAAACUCAACCAGCCUAAUAUAUAUAUCUAUUGAGUUUUUUUAUACAUAUGUGGUAACAAGUGUUAAGUUUCACAUUAUAGUAAUAAUUAGUAGGUAAUUAAUUAAUAUUGGACAAAUUAUAAUUAUCAUAUUGAAUAUAUUUGAUUUAUAAUAUAUAUCUUAUAACUCGGGUCCAGAUUUAAAUGCUUUAAAAACCUUAGAAAAAUGGACAAAAAAAUUAAUUUAAAAAAAAAUGUUUUUAAUUAUUAUCAUUUCUAUUUUUAUUUUUAAAAUAGGUACAAAUGAUGAUUUGUAAUGGUAUUUUCAAAUUUUUUUUAAUCUGAAAUUUAAUACAUAAAAAAUAUAUGUAUAUAUUUUUGUUUAAAUAAAAAAUAUGCAUACAACAAAUUAAAUUGAUUUAAAAAAAUGUAUGUAUUUUAUUUUUACAAUCUCCAACACUAUUUUUAAACUAAUAUAAAUAUUACAAAAAUAUGCAUGUGGUGCAUUUAAAAAACCAUUUAUAUGCAAUGAUAAAUGGUAAACUAUAGAAAUAUGCAGUACAUGUCAAAAAAUAGUAAAAUAUGCUAAAUAAAACUUUGAAUUUCAGUUCUAUUGAGUAUAAUUCAAACUUGUAACUUAUCUAACUACAUUUUGAACUCUCUAAAAAAACACAUGAAAAUGCAUAUAAAUUGGGGUCCUACAGUUAUUACCUAUAAGAUAAAUAAUUAUAGAUAUUUUAUAAUUAAAAUAAUAAUUUUGGCACUGAGCCAUUAUUAUUAUAUUAAUAAUCAAUGGUUUUAGUCUAACAUAAGUUUUGUAGUAAAAUAGAUAAUUUCUGUACUAAAUUAAUUAUAACAGUAAUUCAUAUAAUAUAUUAUUAUUAACUUAUGAUAUGCUCUUGACUUAAAUUAAAUUUAUGUUCUAUGCCUUACUAAAUUGCUAAAAUGCUUGUAAUUUCUUAUUUUCAAUAAUAAAUUCUUAAAACAAAAAUGUAAAAUUAUGUUAAUGAGGGUUUUUCAAAUGCAUUUUUCCCAAAUCUAUAGUUUUGGCUGAUUGAAAAAAUAUUUAUUUUUUUUUUUUUCAUUAAUUUAGACAUGGUUUUUAAAAAAUUUAACUAGUUUAAAAUGAUCAAUUUUGGCGUGAAUUUAUUGUGUCUUACUAAACAUUGGUAUACCAAGGUUACUAUACUUAUAAGGACAUUAUCAAUCUAAAAUACACGAUUUCAGUCAGUGAUAACCCACUAAACCAGACUUGGGUAAAAUACAUUUGAUUCCUGUCAAUAUUGAUCAGUUUGAAUAUUUUUAAUUUAUUAAUUGUUAAACAAAAUUUAUAAAGAAUUAAAAAUUCAGAAAAAAAAAAUUAAUUUAAUUUCUUAUUAUGUUCAUUGCUAUAAAAUUUGUCAAUUUAAUCAAACAUUUUUUUAUUUUUUAACAACCUCUAUUAUAGAGAGAAAAAAUAUACAUUAUUUCUUAAUUUAUUAUAGAAAAUAUAUAUUGAAAUUAGAUUUAAACUAGAUGAGAUUAAGAGGAUAUAUUCUUUUACAUGACCUUUUUUCCUUAAAUAUUUAUAAUAAUACAUAUUAUAUUAUUAAUUAAUAAACAAAAUAUUGUUUGAUAAAUUAAGGUUUUAAGGUUGCAUUAUUAAUUUCUUUUUAUUUGUAAUUUCUAUAAAUUUGUAAAUAAUCUAUUCUUUAUAUGUGAUUUAGUAAUUUAUAUUGUUUUCAUAAGAAUCUCCAGUUUGGUGUUAGUAAAUAACAAUAAAAACAAAAUUGGGUACAUAUAAUUUACAUAAACUGGAUAGUUUAUAAAUAAAGAGUUUAAAAUGUACAUCAGAAGCCGGUUUUUAGUUUUAAAUAUGAUAUAUGUAAUAAUAUUAUUUAAAACUAAGUAAAUCAUUUAGUAUUAAAAUAAUUUUAAAAAAAAAUCAACAUGCCUAAAUAAUAUAUAUGCAAUUUUUAUUAUUUUUAUAUUUUUUGAAUUAUAAUUUAUUAACAUUUCUUAAUCUCAUAAUCAUGCAUCCAAAAAUGAUUUAAUAUAAAAACAUGCUAGCUAUAAACAUUUUAUGUUUCCUAGUUAAAAAAAAUGUUUUUACCAAAAUUAUAUUAUUCAUAUGCACACAGGUAAAAUUAUUGUUAUUUGAUAUGAUGCAGCACACAUAAACAUACUCUUUUGUACUAUUAGUUUUUAAAAGUCAUUUAUAGUUCUCAUAGGUAACUCUUACAUAUUAAUUUUAUAUUUUGUUUUAUUUAUUUAUUGCAGAGUUUGAAGUUAAUAUUUCAAUCACUUUUGUUGAUGACCAUUUGGUCACUGAAAAUUUUCCUAUCACUCUAUUCAGAUGAAUUUGACUGCCUCUAAAUAGUAGGAUGAAAGUGAAAGAGAAGAAGACUAUUCAGAUGAAUAUCCUCAAAUCUAUUUGAUAAAAAAUAUAUUUAUUGCUAUUAAUUCAAUGAUAUUUUAAUAAUUUAAUUACUAAAGCUCAGAUCUAAUGUGUUUAAUAUAUAUAUAUAUAUAACUAAAUAAAUUAAAAUAUUUACAGACUACAUGAUUUAGUCAACACCCAACAGAUAGCCUGAUCAAAUCUCAUGCAACAUGCAAUUGACACUAUACACAGUACAUUUUAGUCAGGAUAGUCAAGAUAGUCUAUGUCCACUAGUGAAGACUUAUGCCACUAUGCUUCCUAGCUCUAGUUUUAUAUAAACACCAAAAAAUGGGAUUGUUCUAUUAGCAUGAAGUCAAAUCCACACAACACUACACAUUCUCUGAUUUAGUCAGGUAAUUGAUGUGAUUAUGGUCUUAUCUGAUAUGAUGUUUGAUCUGAAAAAAUUAUUUUGUUGGGCAGGCUAAAUCAUAGAGUUUGUAGACAUCUAGUUAUUAAUAAAAAAGAAUCACAAAAGUUUAAAAAAUGUUAUAAAUGUUUAUAUUGAGUACUUAAUAUAUUUAUCUUUAUUUAUACAUUAGUUAUAUUAGAUAUAUUUAAACCAUAGAUAUGUUAAGAAAUAAACUGUGUAUACCCCAUACCUUGCCAAAGGUUUGCCAAUCCAAACAUUUAAGUGAAAGAACCAGACUAUUCAAACUUACCUCUAUUGUAGAAGAAAUAAUACAAUAAUUUACUUUUCCAUGAAUGACAAGAAUUAUUUUAAUUGAUAAGAAUGAUAAAUAAAAGUUUAAAUUUGAUUUAAUUGUAAAAUGGAAAAAUUAAAUUGUACUUUUUUUAUAAUAUUAAUUGGAUCGAAAUAGUAAACAAAUGUAAUAUUGGAGGAUGUCUAACAGUUCCAUCCAAAAAUGUUUUAAUGCAUAUGUUUGCUAAUCUAAAUGAUUUAGUGAAACUAUGCAAAAUUUCUGAACAAAUAUUUAAACAUUAUGAAUGAGAUAUAUCUGAAAUACCAAGUUUAAUACAUUAUUUAACACUUAAAGCUACAUCUACCAUAGGCAAAUAAUAUUUUUAUGUCUUCAUCAUUAUUAUAACUUAGAUUAAAAAAUGUCUCCACCAUUUUUGUAAAAGAAAGAAUUAGAUUUUAUUUAACAAUACGGUUCAGAAAUCAAUAAAUUUAUUUUUUAGUUAAAAACUUUACAGUUUAUACUUAGCAUAGUUAUCUAUCUACUUAUAACAAUUAAUUAGUCUAUUUAUUAGUCUAAUGUUAUUUUAAUUAUUAUUAACAUUAUUAAAUGGUUAUUAAUAUUAUUAUUAUUAUGUAUUAAGAUAUAAAUUAAUUUCUUAGAAAAAUGUGAUUGCUAUUUUUUCCUCCAUAUUGGGGUAAAAAUCUCUUAUUCGAUGAUCAAACUGGUUUUCUCUCUUAAUGCCCUCUUCUUUUUUUAAUAUAUCUAUGGUUUAAACAGCUAAAAUAGUUUCUGGCUAUAGUCAAAACUGAUAUAGGGUGAAAAAAAAUCAAUGGCUGUGUCGAAAAUAUGUGAUACACAUCCAUUAUUGUUUUAAUAAAUAAAUAUUAUGUAAUUUCUAUACUUUUUAUCAAAAAUAUUUAUUUAGAGAUUAUUUUUAAAUGGAUUUUAAUUUGAAAUUUAUUAAUUCAAUACUUGCUAAUAAUUGUCUAUUUUAUUAUUAUUAUAGUAUUGUAUACUACUUUGAAAUAUCAAAUAAAAAAAUAAUAUUAAUUUAAUUAUAUAAUAUCCUGUUAUUAUAUUAUUUAUUGUUUCAUUGAAUAGAUUUUAAAAUGUAGAUAAACAUAAUAAUUUUAAAACUAUAUUUAACAAAACUAUUGUGUGAUUAAAGUCAGUUUUUUGUAACAAAUUAUUUUUUUUUUUUUUUAAUUUUAAUUAGUAUAAUUAAAGUUGUCUUAGAAAUUGCAGGUCAUUUUUUAAGAAUUUAAAUUUAAAAAAUGUUACCAAAAAUUUAUCAUAUUAAAUUCUGUUAUAUUAUUAUUUAACAUUUAUAUUAAUUUAACUAUUAUUUUGUAACUUUCAAAAUAUCCAAGUUCAUGAAAAUUGUUUUUUUAAAGAUGGC